CCUCAUUUCUCUCUCUCUCCCUCAGCUGCACUCCUCUAUCUCUCCCCGAACACUCUCUUCCUCAACAUCCCAUCACCAGAAGACGUCGAGCGCACAUCGCCGGAAAUCAAGCUCUGCAUGCCUUCGUUCUUCAAACCACCACCAUAUAUGGAGUCAGCAUCUCUCCCUUGACCAAAACCCCAUAACCCCGAGCUCUGACUCCGACUAGAGCCGCCUCACGCGCUACACUCGCUGCCGCUGGCACUUGAGCCACCACCACACCGUCGCUCAUGGAUGCCGGAUUUCCACACAGUUUCGAUUAGGUAACCAUCGUACCCUUUUUUGAUUAAAACCCUGAAUUUCGAUGUGGAUUGAGAAACCCUAAUCUACUGCCGUUUAAUUUGGGAACUGAGGUUUGAGGAGUUCUGCAUUUUGGAGGACUUUAGGUCUGUGAAGUUCGGGAAUUUGGAGUUUUGGAAGGGAGGAGCUGCUGGGCCAGAUAAGUUGAUGUUGAGGAAUGGGAUCUGAAAGAAGGUUGGUGGUGGGAAUGCAGCUAUGACGAAAUUGGUUUCUGUUUCGGAAAAGAAGAAUGCUACAGCCUCCGAACCCUAAUCCUUGAACACCAUGAUUAGGAGAGCCGCCUGCCUAGCUUUAAGGAAGUUCUUGUCUUCUCCUCCUCCUGCUCCUAGCCCUGUAACAGGAGGAGUCCUUGGCUUGUCAAUAAAAGCUGGUAUUUCUACUGAUAUUAUUGCUCCGGGUACUGGUGUCUGUUAUACUUUUGCUCAUAUGUUGGGAGAGCUGAGUUUUAGACCUCAGCUCUCUUCAAUAGUCAGGGAAAUGAUUUCCGAUCUCGGCGAUGAUGUUGUUGACAGUAUGCUAAGCGGGGCUUGCUUUGGAUCACUUGAUCCAAGCAUGUUGACUGUCUCGGGCAUUAGAUUGAUGAUCGCUAGGACCUAUUGUUCCGCUCCGAUGCAGCUUUCACUCCUACAGCAGUAUAGGGGUUUGCUUCUCUACUACUCUGCAGUAAACGUUGGAGAACAUGCCUAUGAGGAUGACAGUUUUCUAAGUGAAAUCCACAAGAUUCGAACGGUGUCCGAUAUUGUUUUUAUAGUGAUGCAUCCACGCUUGCAUUUUGCAAACAAGUCGGUGAAAUUUAUCACUUCAGCUGUACUUAUGUUGCAGUACGCAAAUAUAAGAUUCCAACAUGUUCAUCAUAAUGUGAUUCAUAGAAGGGUUUCCUGGGGCAAGGCCUUCCAGUGUUUUCAUGUUGGUCAGAUAGAUCUCCCUGCAUUGAUAAAUGGUAUUGAGAAUCAAGCUAUGCGGGAUUCACUACUGGAGGGGAUUAAAUACUUUAAUGGCCAAGCCCCUGAUCUUGGAGGUUUGCGAGUGAAUUCUCCAACUAUUGCAGCAACAGUGUUUCAUAACUAUUACAAGCAUCUUUUUACCAGUCGUGUUAUUCAUAAUGUGGGUGAUUCCUGUGCGGUGGUACAUGACUUGCUUCCUCAGAUCCCUACGUAUCUUUGGGAAUUUAUUAAAUUUCAGCAUACGAAGUCUCUUUUUCCGUUGCUAGAUCUGAAGAUGUUGGUCAAAUUAAGGCAGGUGCAGUUUACGGAUAUGGUCUUUGUUGACUGCUCUGCAGAACGCAAACCGGGGGCCCCUUUAUAUGAUCUAUUCGUUAGUGGAUUUCAGAAAGAUAUGACAUGCCAAAUGCUGAUCGAUCAUUUCUCAAGGUUUGGAGGUGUUGCCACGUAUUCAUCCCUGAAAAGCAGUUUUUGAAUGUAAAAGCCCACUUGUUCUACGGAUUUGUUGCCUUUCAUGAUAAAGACUCUGCCAUUGUAGCUAUACAGGCUACGGAUAAUCUGUGGUUAAAUGAGAGAAGGCUGUCGGUGAUACCAGUCAACAAUGACCCAUAUGGACUAGAAGAAGUCCUAGCUUUCGGAAUAACUAUUUUCCUCAAUGUUUGGUGCAUGCGGUUCAUUACAAAUAAAAAUAUCCAAUACUUACUGGUGGCCCAAAUAGCAAGAUAGCAUUCUGUGGACAACAACCUUCAAACAAGCGUAACAGUUCGGUCACAAUCCCUUCCAUAUCAUUGUCUAUCGGCUCCAAAAUUGGAUAUUUAUCGAUAAGAAGCCGAUAGACAUGCUCAAUAACAGCAGGAGAUAAAGUCCUCAAUUUUUCGGGGAGCUCCCCAUCAGCGCCACAAAGUUGUUUGACACUGAAAAACAAAUAUCGAAUGGUUACCGACUUAGCAAAAUACAGUACAGCAAAAGCGCAUCAUAAACAGAGAUUAGAAAUUGAGGACUAAACAGAGAUUAGAAAUUGAGGACUUUAUCUCCUGCUGUUAUUUAGCAUGUCUAUCGGCUUCUUAUGGAUAAAUAUCCAGUUUUGGAGCCGAUAGACAAUGAUAUGGAAGGGAUUGCGACUGAACUGUUAUGCUUGUUUGAAGGUUGUUGUCCACAGAAUGCUAUCUUGCUAUUUGGGCCACCAGUAAGUAUUGGAUAUUUUUAUUUGUGGUUUUAAAAUUUUUCGACCCAAUGAUCGAUCUUAUACCUGUUCAUCUUUUUAGGGAGCAGGAAAAACCAUGAUUGCUAAAGCUUUGGCCAUAGAGGCCAAAGCUGUGCUUUUUCAACUCUCCCCAUCUUCAAUUGUUAAAUGGGGUGAGGAUACCGUGCACGCAUUGUUUGCUGUUGCUCAAUGCUCUAGGCCUGCUGUGGUCUUUUUGGAGGAUAUUGACGCCCUACUGCCAUAUCUUCGUUGUUGGGAUAAUUGGCUUGCUGAUCAAAUCCUGGUUAUCGGUUCCACUAGUAGACCGGAGCAGCUAGAUGCUGCAACCUUGAUAAGGUUCAGGGAGAGGUGGUACAUUCCAUUACCUACCAAGGGGAAAAGAGUGCUGCUGCUGAAGAAGUUCCUUCAAAACAAUGAAAUUUGUACUUUUACGGAUGAGGAAAUUGAAGAGGUAUCCUCCUUUACCGAAGGAUACAGCGUGGAGGAUAUUAUCUCUGUCAUUCAUAUGGCUGCAGUUCAUGCCAACCAGCGUGCGGGGAGAUCGGCUGUGAUUCAAUAUAUGGAUUGUGGCGAUGCUUUAAUUCAUUCAAAACCUCGUUUCUCGGAGGAAGAGAUCUCUAGCAUAAAACACUGGAUGUCCAGCUGCAGUAAGAGGGGGGAAGAGAUUCGCCUUUUCAGCUUCAGUGAGAAGGGGGAAGAGAUUGGUCAAGAGUUAGGACAUGAGUUAGCUUAGACUUUUAUCUCUCAAUACUGUAACGUUUGUUAUAUUCACUGUGUUACAGAUUUGUCAAUGAACUAUUAGAGCAUCUCCAAUGGCUUUUUCUUUUGGUUUGGGUCAAAUUUGAAUUUGACAUAUGGUUUGGGUCAAGUUUAUUGUGAUAUGAAUUAAGACCAUGUAGUUAACAGUCUA